AUGAUUGAAACCUAUAUAUACUGGAAUUUUCGUGGGAGCCGGGGGAAUGGGAACAUCCUAAGGAUAUCGCUUCCAUGUAGUUAUAACACGAUAAAAAAGAAAAUAAUGGAGUUGACAAAUAUACACAUAGAAAACAAUUUGGAUAUCUUACUAUAUCACAAUAAUAAGAUUUUAAGCGAAUAUGAAAGUAUACAUCAUGAGAUGUUAAUAGAAAUUCAAAGAAGUAGUAUUGAUGUGGUGAGGGAUAUGUUACAAAAGAGUAAUGAUUUAUUUUUAGAAAAGAAUAAAAGUAAGACAGAGGCAAAUAAGAAUAAUGGUAUAACACAAAGAACAAUUCAAAAUCACCAAAAAAUUAAUAAUCGUAUGAUAAAUGAUUAUAAUAAUAAAAUAUCUAAAUUUAACAAUAAUAAUAAUAAUAAUAAUAAGACAACUGGAUAUUUUCACAAUAAUAACAGACCCUGGAAUAUAUAUAAUAGAAAUAAUAUUAUAAAAGAUGAAGACAAAAAUAUUUAUGGAGAAAAUAAUCUGAUAACAAAUCAACAACAAACAGAAGAAGCAGCAGAAGAAUUAGAAGAAGAUGAAGAAAUGAAAAUUCAUUUGGCCAUGGAAAAAAAUAAUGUAUAUAAAUCAAAUUAUAAUAAUAACAAAAUAAGAUUAAAUUAUUAUAAAAGAGAUCGAAACAAUGCAACUCAUUUUAUGCAGAAUAAAUUAAAAAACACAUCUCAUAAUAUAAUAAAAAAUAAUAAAAAUGUAAUAGCUAAUAAUAAUAUUACCUCGAGUAGUAAGGUAGAUGGGGAAUAUUCAACAACAUAUCAUCAAAAAAAUAAUUAUUUACCAAAUACAUAUACACACGGUGGUACAUAUAAUAAAUUUAAAAAUCAUAUAACCAAUAAUCAUAAUAAUAUUCAUGCAAAUAAUAUGGAUGAAGAAACUAUCAAUAAAAAAGUCUCUCCGGAUUAUAUAUGUCAUAUGUGUGGAAAGAAAGGACAUAGUAUAAAAAAUUGUACAAUGAGUUCAUUUAAUAAUAAUAAUAAAAAAAUAAAAGUUCCUACAGGAAUUCCAACCAACUUUUUAACAAAAAUAAAAACGGAAGAUAUAUAUAAAUAUGAUCAAAUAUAUAUUUUAAAAGAUGGUAGUUAUGGUAUAUUAAAAGAUGUAGAAGAUGUUAGUGGAAGUGCAUAUUUGUAUAGAAGCGUCGAGGAUAAAAUAAAUAUAUAUUUGGGGGUACAUAAUAAUAAAAAUAAUAAUAACAACAACAACAACAAUAAUAAUAAUAAUAGUAAUAAUAGUAGUAAUAAUAAUUAUUAUAAUAAUAGUGAUGUCCCUAACGAACCUCAAAAUAAUGAAAAAAUUUCAAAUCUCUAUAAAUGCUUGUUAUGUAGAAAAUUAUAUACCGAACCAGUAACUUUACAUUGUUGUGCUGAAACGUAUUGUAAAGCAUGUUUAUAUAAAUAUAAUAAAAAAAAAAUGAAAGACACAUCAAACAUAUCUUCAUCUUAUCAUAAUAAGAAUAAUAAUUAUACAAAUCAAGAAUCUAAUAAGGCAAUAGGAGCAGGAGCAGGAGCAGGAGCAGGAGCAGGAUCAGCAUCAGCAUCAGGAGGACAACUUAUGAAAUGUCCUAGUUGUUCAAAGUACAUUAACUCAGACGAAUUAAUUGUUAAUACAAAUAUUAAGAAUGUGAUAGAUACAAUUGUUAAGAAUCAAAAAAUUAAUCAAGUGAAUGAUGAAAUGGGAAAUAAACCAUCUGCCAAUACAUUUGUUGAAAUAAAUAAUAAUAUGAAUCUAAUGGAUGACCACAACAAUAAUAUAAAUAAUAAUAAUAAUAUAAAUAAUAAUAAUAAUAUAAAUAAUAAUAAUAAUAUAAAUAAUUAUAAUAAUAGUAACAAUAGUAAUGGCGUAGCAGGGGCAGAUGAACAUAAUAAUAUUAAUUCUCAUAAUAAUCAAAACAUUACACAUAAUUUUACUAAUAACAGUAGUAAUGAUUUAGGAUAUAAUCAUAAUCAAAAUAUAUUUAAUUUAAGUCAUAAAGAUAAUAUACAUAAUAUAAAACAAAACGAAUUUAAUCAUGUAAAUUUUAAUCCUUUAAUUACAUUUUCUUUUAAUUUAUAUGAAUUAAAGAAAGAACACGAUUUUGCAGCUGCAUAUAUAGCUCAAUAUAAACUCAAAAAAAAAAAAAAAAAAAAAAGACAACUCAACAUAAAUCUUUCCGUAUUAAACAAAAAAAUUUGCUAA